AAUGCCCUCGAGCCGAGCCUCCGAGCUCAUCAGCAACAGCCUGUGGGCGACUAACGGCUCGAGACAGCUGCUGGAACUCUGGACACCUGUUGCCACGGAGACAGGACCAGGCGGGAAAAUAAGAAAUAAAAGGAAACGAAACUAAACUAACAAAGAAAUCCGCCACCUGGCCAGGUGUUUCCACUUUUAAAAGAAAAAAUCUCCACAGCUGUUAAAGACAGUCAACCAUGUCAUCCACAGUGCUGCUGAAUCUCCUGCGUUGUGGUCGCUCAACCAUCAACAGACAGACUUUCCUCACAGUACGCUCCUCACCAGAAACCCUCACAGCUUCUGGGCAGCAGGUGGGUGAGGCGUUAUGCGGGGUGGUUGCCGUGCGGCAGGCCAGCGGCGGGGUGCACCGUUAUGACAGUGGCAGCGUCCGGCCGGUCACCUGGGACUCAUUUGGUAUCUGGGACGACAGGAUAGAAGAACCAAUCCUCCUGCCCUCCAGUAUCAAAUAUGGAAAACCCAUUCCAAAGGUCAGUCUUUCGCGUGUUGGCAGCGCGUCUGUUUUGGGUCUCAGGAAGCAGAAUGAGGACCGUCUCCGUGUGUCCCGUAUCAAUGACAACCUGCUGUACUUCGCUGUGUUCGACGGCCACGGCGGCCCGCACGCUGCUGACUACUGCUACACCUUCAUGGAGAAAUUUAUCAGAGAUGCUUUGGAGGAGGAAGAUGAUCUGGAGAAAGUUUUGAAGAAAGCCUUUCUGAAUGCUGACAAAGCUCUAUUCCAACACCUCAGCUACUUCAACAACCCCUCUUUCCUGACAGCCGGCACCACAGCGACGGUUGCUCUGUUACGGGACGGCAUUGAGCUGGUGGUCGGGAGCGCCGGUGACAGCCGGGCGAUGCUGUGCAGGAAAGGAAAAGCCAGCAUGCUCACUAAAGAUCACACACCUGACCGCAAGGACGAGAGACGAAGGAUCCAGAGUUUUGGGGGCUUUGUGACGUGGAACAGUCUGGGUCAGGCUAAUGUUAACGGGCGGCUAGCCAUGACUCGCAGCAUUGGAGACUUCCACCUGAAAACCAGUGGCGUCAUCCCUGACCCAGACACGCGACGGAUCAAUAUCCAGCACGCCAAUGAUUCCUUCCUGGCUCUGACCACUGACGGCAUCAACUUCCUGCUGAGCGAUCAGGAGAUCUGUGAUGCCAUCACACAGUGCCAUGACCCUACAGAGGCUGCGGACGUCAUCACUCAGCAGGCGCUGCAGUACGGCUCAGAGGACAAUGCCACCAUCGUCAUCGUCCCCUUUGGCGCCUGGGGGAAGCAACAGAGUUCCACCGCAGUCUACAGUAUGAGCAGGAACUUUGCUUCAAGUGGGAGAUGGGCGUAGAGGAUAUACACAUGCAAAAGCAUCACAGAGCUCUGAAGCUGUCACCAAAAUGAUUUAAACAAGACUUUGACUUGAAGGACACAAAUAUUUUUGAUCUUUUUCCAAUUGAUCUGGCAACAAACCCAAAUUCAUCUGAUGACACCCGUGACCCGUUGGAGACCCACAGCAAUGUUGGCUUUGUACACAUCUUUAGUGUUGAUGUCCUUGUUUUCGCUGCCAGAUGAACAGUGUAUAUAGAGUGUAUAUGAAAGUUUUGUACAUAGAGAGAGGUUUGCUACAGUGUUUGUAUGUUAAGUUUGUAAAACCGUGUACUUGCAUGUUCAGAUGAAACAUUUUAACAUCCUUCCUGUAUUUUUUCAGAAAAGGUUAUUUUAGCCCCAAAAUAACCACUUUCGUAUUAAAAGUAUUCAUAAAACCAAAAUGUAGCUAUAUUACUGUGUGUUCAGACAGAGCACAAAGUGAAUUUUAGACAUACUGUGAUUACAAUCAAUUGAAAGAUGUGGUUAGACGAUGCCUCCGCACAAUUUGAACGUGUUUCAGAUUGAGUAUCCCAGAGCUCAGCGUCCAAUGUACAGUUGGAAAGUUGUCUGUUUGGGGUGAAUAAACACAAAUAGUUCAACGGUCAAAUGCGUGCAAAGGAGGCGAGGCGAAAAUGUCCAUCUGAAUGCAGCACUGGUCAUUUGUCAAAAUAAGUUGCUGUCCAGUGAAAACCAUUUAGCUCCAGUUUGGUGGCUCAAGGCUUUUAUUGCUUUUUACUAUGUCGCAUGAUAAGGGUAUACAGGGCACAAAACACCAAAUACAAAAAUAUAGACUGCAUGAAUCAAAAACUCACAUGUCAACAUCGCUUUUUUAUAUGACCAAAGAAACACAAAAUACAAAAGCCGCUCCGUAGACAAUGUUUAGAGAACAAGGGUCAAGUUAUCUCAUGUUGGAGGAGUGAUCACAAAACUAAAGAAAAGCUGUUUUACGAUGCGUAUUUUCUGCACUUACAGUUAUACUUUUUGUCUUGGUCUCUCUUUUAAAAGAUAAAGAAAUGAACCAAUAAAAGAAAAUACUACUACUGAAAAUCUAAAACUAUGA